AUGGAGAGUGUUAACAAACCCAGCUUUGAGAUGGGCAACAAUGCUACCGUCAAGGCAGCAGGCGAUGUCAAUGUCUCGGCAAAGGCAGAGCCAGAUUCUGGACGUAGUUCCACGAUCAAUUAUCAUGAUAAGGAUCAGCUGGAGCGGAUGGGCAAGAAGCAGGUCCUUCGGCGCAACUUUGGGUUCAUGACAAUUCUGGGAUUUAGCUGUACUAUUCUCAUCACCUGGGAAGCGAUCACUGUUCUCUUUGCACAGGGCCUCAACAAUGGUGGUACUGCUGGUGUUAUCUACAGCUUCCUUGUCGUUUGGGUCGGUAACUUUAGUGUCUUUGCUACCAUGGUCGCUAUGAUGGCGCCGCGGUCGUGUUCCAAAUUCCUCAGUCACCUCACAGGCAUGCUUACGGUCGGCGGAUGGCAAGGCUCAGUAUCGUCCAGUGCUUUGCUCACAGGUAACAUGAUCUUGGGAAUGGCGACACUCAAUUAUCCUGACUUCCAGCCUGAGCUUUGGCAGGGGACACUGCUGUUCUGGGCCAUCUUUGGCUUUGCCGUCUUCAUUAACACCCUCGUCAGUUCGGUGCUGCCCAAGUUUGAGGGAUUGAUCUUGAUCCUGCACAUUCUCGGCUUCUUUGCGAUCUUGAUCCCUCUUGUUACUCUUGGACCUCAUGCUUCGGCGUCGGAUGUCUUUGGUACAUUUGUUAACAACGGCGGAUGGUCCACUAAUGGCAUCUCGUUCAUGGUUGGUAUGAUGGGUAAUGCCUUUUCCUUCGUCGGCACUGAUGCCGCCUUCCACAUGUCCGAAGAGACCGUCAAUCCUUCCGUCGUCGUCCCCACCUCCAUCCUUCUCAGUCUCUGUAUCAACGGCGCCUGCGGUUUUGCCAUGGUCAUCGCCAUGGUCUUCUGCAUGGGCAACCUCGACGAUGCCAUGGCUUCGGGCCCCGGAAUGCUCGGUUUCCCUUACAUGUACAUCUUCAAGCAAGCGACAAACUCAAGAGCCGGCGCGACUGUCAUGUCCGCCAUUAUUGUUCUUCUUGCUGCUUGCGCCACUGUCGGUAUGCUCGCAUCGACAUCUCGCGUCUUCUGGUCUUUUGCUCGUGACCGCGGCCUUCCUGGCUGGCGCACUCUGUCAAAGGUCAGCGACCGAACCACCGUCCCCGUGUACUCGGUCUUUUGCACUGCUGUCAUCUCAAUUCUCUUGUCGCUCAUCAACAUCGGAUCGCCUGUCGCGUUCCAAAAUGUCACUUCACUCUCUAUUUCUUGCCUUUACUCAUCAUAUCUCAUUGCCGCCGGUCUUCUGCUCUACCGUCGCCUCACCAAGGGCUUCACGCUGCCUGGCGCAUCUGAUCUCCCAGCUUUGGCCAACACGACUGGCGCUGAGCUUGUUUGGGGUCCGUUCCAUCUCAAGGGUGCCUUUGGCAUUGCCAACAACAUCUUCGCCAUGUGCUACCUCAUCGUAGUUGGCUUCUUCAGCUUCUGGCCUCCCAUGGUGGAACCCACCGUGGAUAUGAUGAACUACAGUGUCGUGGUCACUGGUGGCCUUGUCAUUUUCAGUGUCAUUUACUACUUCGCCUGGGCGCGAAAGGAGUAUAACGGACCUAUUGUUGAAAACUAG